AUGUCUAAUUCUAUUAGUACUUCAAGAUUUACUUGCACUCUUUGUACGCGUUCACGAUCUUAUAAAACUAAAUGUGGUCUUCAACGUCAUGAAACAAUAAAACACAAAGAACAUAAUAUACUACCUUCUCAUAUAUUACCAUUACCUAACUAUGAGCUUGAUCAUGUUAAAAAAGUUAUAGUCUGGGAAAUUCAGAAGCGUCUAAAAAAGCAUCAUCGUACUGUUGGAAAUCAAGUUUUUUCUUUACAUUGUAGUGAAAAUGCUUUUGUAGGAAUAUUUGGUAAAUAUCUUACACGAUAUUCUCCAUGUGGUAAUUUUUAUCAAUGUCAUUUUAGUGGAGACAAUUCAUAUAAUAUAUUAACAAAUAUUUUUAAUGAUGCUAUGUGGGGAGAACGAGAUUAUGGUAAUGGUCAACUUAGUUGGGUUAAAUUAGUAGACGAAAUGAAUUGUAACUCUCGAACUGAAUUAUAUAUUGAAUAG